GAACAACAGGAAGAGGCGGAGUCACUCGUCCAUCUUUUUUUUAAUGUUGUGGGUCAGAUCAGCUUCCAUCUUCUAGAAAAACAUCAGGAUUGAGAAGAACGAACAGCCAUCAUGGGAGCAGUUCUGGGUCUGUGCUCCAUGGCGAGCUGGAUCCCGUGCCUGUGCGGCAGCGCCCCCUGCCUGCUGUGUCGGUGCUGUCCCAGUGGAAACAACUCUACAGUGACCCGGCUCAUCUACGCCUUCUUCCUGCUGCUGGGUGUGGGCGUGGCCUGCGUCAUGUUGAUGCCGGGAAUGGAGGGACACCUGAAGAAGAUUCCAGGUUUCUGUGAGGGGGGGAUUGGGUCCUCUAUCCCCGGUGUGGAGGGUCACGUGAACUGUGACGUGCUGGUGGGCUACAAGGCCGUGUACCGGGUCUGUUUCGGCAUGGCCAUGUUUUUCCUGCUCUUCUCCCUCAUCAUGAUCAAAGUGAAGAGCAGCCAGGACCCUCGAGCCGCGUUGCAUAAUGGGUUUUGGUUCUUCAAGUUUGCUGCUGCUGCUGCCAUCACCAUCGGAUCUUUUUUUAUUUCAGAAGGCCCUUUCACUACAGUCUGGUUCUACAUCGGCAUGGCAGGAGCCUUCUGCUUCAUCCUCAUCCAGCUGGUUCUACUCAUCGACUUGGCUCACUCCUGGAACGAGUCGUGGUUGGAGAAGAUGGAGGAGGGAAACUCUCGGUGUUGGUAUGCAGCUCUGCUGUCAGUCACAACCCUGAACUACCUGUUGUCUCUGGUCUCUCUGGUCUUGUUCUACAUUUACUACACCCACUCUGAUGGUUGCACCGAGAACAAGGUGUUCAUCAGCAUCAACCUGCUGCUCUGCAUCGCAGCCUCUGUGCUGUCCAUCCUUCCACAGAUUCAGGAGUCCCAGCCUCGGUCCGGUCUGCUGCAGUCUUCCCUCGUCACCCUGUACACCAUGUACCUGACCUGGUCUGCCAUGACCAAUGAGCCCGACAGGAAAUGUAACCCGAGCCUUUUGGGUAUUAUUGGACUGAACAGCACCACCCCUGCAGGUCAGGACCAUGUUGUCCAGUGGUGGGACGCCCAAGGAAUUGUGGGAUUGAUUCUUUUCCUCAUGUGUGUUCUGUACUCCAGUAUUCGUAACUCGUCCAACACCCAGGUCAACAAGCUGACCCUGUCCACCGAUGAGUCUGCUCUGAUCGAGGACGGAUCUCAGAUGGACAACUUUGACGAAGGCAGCAGCUUGAACAGAGCCGUGGACAACGAGAAAGACGGCGUGACGUAUUCAUACUCAUUUUUCCACUUCAUGCUGUUCCUGGCUUCUCUCUACAUCAUGAUGACUCUCACCAACUGGUACUGCCCUGACUCCAACUACGAGGCCAUGACCAGCAAGUGGCCGUCUGUCUGGGUGAAGAUCUUCUCCAGCUGGAUCUGCAUCAGUCUCUACGUGUGGACUCUGGUGGCUCCUCUGGUCCUGGUCAACAGGGACUUUGACUAAAACCCUCCAAACAAACUGCGGCUGUGUUUCAUUUGAGCUAACCUUCAUCUCUCACUGUGGCUGCAGUCAGUCAUGCUAACACAGAUAGAAGUCAUCAUUGUUUGGUAGUCUUGGCUUGUUUGUGCCGUCCGGGUGAUGAAAUAAAGCAGUUUGCAUGUUUUCCUUUCUGCUCCAACUGUAGUCCAGACGAUGUGCCGUUCUUGCUUUGAUUCAUUGUGCUGUAAAUAUGUUGUUCCAGGAAACAAGCAUGCUUUUCCUUAAAUGCUAGUUUAACAGUAGUUUUUAUCUUAAUCUUAGUAUUACAUGUGAAGUGAUGCAGAAAACGGGUCUGACCGAAUUGUUUCGCCUCCAUGCAGAAGCUGUGUUUUCCUGCACAUACAAAAUACUCAUCCCUGUUUUUUUGGGCUUUGAUUAGUGUUUUCUGUAUGUGUGCAGCUUAAAUCCAUGGCUAAAGAUGUUUAAUGAAGCUAUCUGAUAGAUUUUAGCAUGUGUAUACUCUCACAAGUUUGUAUUUUUUUUUUAUGAAAUGAUGUGUUAACUUAAAUAAAGAAUUCAGAAAAUGA